UGUAGCAGUCAGUCUGUUAAAGUUAUUUAAACUUUACGGUUGUGUGGUGCCUGCGCUUGCAUUGUUGUGCGCGAGCCUGUUGAAAAAAAAUUAAUUAUUUCAAAGUUAGUACAAAUUUUGAAAACAGUCUAUAAAACCCAUUCGCUUGUUUGGUAAAACGGCAUUUGCGGCAAUUAAGUGACGAGCUUGAGAUAUUCUAUUAACGUCACUAUUUGUUAUUUUUUUUGUAUUUCUUAGAGCAAGAAAAAGUAUACCGAAAUUUUUAAUCAAUAAAAUUGGUGCAUGCGUUGGAAUUUAAUUGGUGGAUGCUGUUGAUAAAAUUCCAGAAUUCGUUGCAUUGCGAAGCAGCUUAGGAAAAAACUAACUAAUAUCAAAUUUGCGGCAGGAGAGUUUUACAAUAAAAUAUUGAAGUACAACACAAUAAAAUUGUAAUCGAAAUUCGCGUCGGUAAAAACGAAAAUAGUAAUGUCGGGCUUUUAACCAAGUUAAUAUCUCUACGUUCUGUUACGUCCUCAGUUGAACGCUUACGAAGUCUCAAUUGUACCAAGCAUUUUCAAGCAUUCAACGGUCGGUGAUCUCAUCGUUAGUUUCUCAAAAAAAGGCUUGCCAUUGCAUAAAAAUAUCAAAUAAAGUUAAAGAUCGCUUUUGUAGCAUUCAUCAUACCAGAUAUUUAAUUUUUGGCUAUAUUUUUCAACAUGGUGGAAUUCAGAUUUGACAUUAAACCGCUAUUCCAGCAAUCGAUCAUAAAAAUUUCAUCGAACUUACUGCCACAUACUUUUCGUGCAGCGGACCGCCGCCAAGUACUAAAUCUAUUUCCCAAUUCCACCAGCGAUGCAACAUCAAAAAUAUCUGAAAUAAUAGAUCGCCUCGGACAACUUUCCGCUGUUUCUCAAAAACUGUCAAAACCGGUCACCACUGCACAGAGACUCCGAAUGUCUGAAAAUCAAGUAAUUUAUUUGAUGGCUGAUGUUGAUGCUGGUCAUAACGGGGCUGUUCUUGGACUACUUAAGGUUGGCACUAAGGAUUUGUAUUUGUUUGAUGAAAGUGGGCAAACAAAGAAAGUUGAAAGCGCUCCAUGCAUACUUGAUUUUUAUAUACAUGAAUCUCGACAACGAGCAGGUCUUGGCAAGGUACUGUUCGAAACCAUGUUAACCGAAGAAAACUGGCAACCGGUAAAAUGUUCAGUUGAUAGACCUUCAGAAAAAUUAUUAGCGUUCUUACGUAAACAUUACGGUUUGAUAAACACUAUACCGCAGGCUAAUAAUUUCGUACUGUACGUAGGUUUCUUCGAUGAACAAAAUGGUGUUGAUGGUGCCGGUAGUCAACAUACAAAUGGAAUGCAUGUGACUAAUAGUCCUAACACUCAACUCUUUGGUGCUCACUUUGGUGAUGAGUCGGUACGACGUGUACGUCAACCAGAACGUGCAAACUCGGCAAUGCAAGUAACACAGAUCUCACCGGUUGGACGAUAUGGUGCUAGACGUCCACUUUGCAGCAUGGCGGAGAUAAUUCACAACACUCCUGCUAAACGUGAUGGAAAUGAAGAGCCAGGCAGCAGCACUAACCUGAUUGAUGUUAUCAAAGACGUGACAGACAGCAUCCAAAAUCUCCAAACAGCAACAGAAGAAGAACAAUCUAGAGCCACUAUAGUAGAAGCGUUUAUAGAGACACCAGUACAGCAAAAUACUUUUAACGAAACUGAAACAGCAAGUGAAAUAAUAUCUACAAUCGUAGAAGAAAAAUUAGAAGAUCCGAUUAUAAUUCAGACAAUAUCUGCGACUAAAAAUCCAACCCCAUCUGUGACAGGGAGUGAUCCGAAACAUGAUUUACGAAAAUCUACUACGGCUUUUCAACUUAGCAAACAGCACACAGGCAUGAAAAAUAUUUCUUCUGGUGUUGGUAUGGCUGUUACGCCUACAAACAAAAUGGAAUUCGAUCAGGAAACAAGAGAAGAUUUUGGUAUUGUAAAAAUUAAUCGACCCAUUGGUAAGAUCACUUCGCCUAAUCCAGAUAAUAUAGACGCCAUCUCUACAGUCUCAUCUACAGGCGAAGGAUUAACUGAACAGGGCUAUUACGAUUUAAAGUUUUACCAUAACAAAUUAUGGUAAUUUUUUUGUAAUCAGUAAUCAAAUAGAAUCUUUAUAAAGCCAAACAUUGGAAAAAUUUAAUAUAUCAUAUAAAC